AUGCUUGUCUUCAACUUGAGCGACAGACCUACGACGAAACCGGCACCAAAAGAGACCUCUGCUUGCUUGCGACGAAUCGCGCUUGCUUUGGAUGUUGAUCCAGCUGGUCUUCGUUAUGAAUGGGAAUCUCUGCGGCCCAUAGCAGAAGCUCAAAAAAGACUUUCUCAGCUAGACAACAGAGAGGCUUGGAAAGCUGCCUAUGACCACACGCAGAAGAAUGCGCAUGCACGAAAGAAGUAUGCCUUGAAGCAUCUUCCAAAGACUUUGCGAGCUUAUGCUUGUUGGACUCCUUCUUCGUCUGGAGUGGAGCAGAGCUUUUCCAAAGCUGACCGUUGCUAUCACACAGGUCGCUUCGGUCCCAAAGCCGCCGACACUGAACGUCGGAGCAUCAGCGUGCUGACAAUGAGUGGGAAGGAAAGUCAGAAAGACAUCAUCGAAGGAGCUCGCCAACUCUAUGCAGCAGCAGUGAAGAGGCACAAAGGAAUGAAAGAGCUCAAGCUGCAGAAUAAACGUCGUUUGGACAGAGCAGUGGAAGCUGCCGAGAACGGCUACUUACUGACGAGUGAUGCCGGUCAGCACCCUUUUUCCGAGGAUCCACGCUUGGCUGAUGUUUUCAUUGCUUCUUCCGAAGUCGUUUCAGAGAAGAUCUACUUGCUUGCCGUUGCUUGUGGUGGCUGUGUGCUAUCGAAAGCAGUGCUGGAAGGGAGACAAGGCUUCAAACUGCAGUACCAGAAGGCUGCUUUCAACCGACUUCGAGAAUUUCACGUUGGUAUUCAUUGCUCCGCUGCAUUUCAAGCGAAGCAUACGGCUUUCAUGAAGGUCCUGUCUUGGGUUGUGCAAACCACUGGCUGGCGUAGACUCAAAGUGGAGAGGCUGGACAAGAACAGGUCCAUAUCGUUGGUUGCCGAGGAUGAUCCGGAAGCUAAAAGCCUACAAAAGAAGUCUUUCCUGACUCUGCAGAAAUCGGGGUUUGUGAAGCACUUGCCAGACAAGUGUGAAGCCAAAGACAAAAGUUUUUUGGUUGCUGUCCUUUGA